AUGUUGACCCUCACAGUCCAGCUCGGCAAUGCCAGCAACGCUCAUGCGCACGUGCACGAUCACGCACAAGCGGGAGGAGACCACGGACACACUCAUGACAUCAUGGAGAACCCUGGGCUUUAUUCUGACCGGGACCAACCUUUAGGACGAGGCGAUUUUUCGGACCGGUCCUUCACCGUUGGAGUGGGUGGCCCUGUGGGUAGUGGCAAGACAGCCCUGUUGCUGGCUCUGUGCCGCGCGCUGGGAGAGAAGUACAACAUGGCGUGUCUUACUAAUGAUAUCUUCACCAAAGAAG